AUGCUUAUUAGUCGUGAGGCGACCGUCAAGAUGAAAGCAGUGGCCAAGUUCAGUUUCAGUUUCCUAGUGCUCGUCAGUGUGAUCUUCGGGCUCGCCACGGCACAGACGCAACUCCGAAGGCAGUAUGAGUUGAACCGGCGAACUCCCGGCAGUGCGCCGGCCGUCCGCAAUCGGGAGCCGGUCUCGGACGCUCCGGCUCGCAGCCCGGUUCGCCAGCAGGGCCCGGUACAGCCGGCUGCCUCGGGCACGUCGGAAGAAACGGACCCCGAACUGUCGGAGAACUGCCCGGAACCGAACGGUUACUUUGCCGACGCGGAGCAGUGCGACAAGUACUACCAGUGCCGCGACGGCCAGAUCACGGAGAAGCUCUGCCCGGACGGUAUGGUGUUCAACGAUUACGAUCUCGAGCAGGAAAAGUGUGACCUGCCGUUCAACAUCGACUGCAGCAAGCGCCCGAAGUUGCAAACGCCCAUUCCAUCACUGCACUGUCCACGCCAGAACGGCUAUUUCGCCAGCGAGACGGGUGCGUGCGAUAAGUUCUACUACUGCGUGGACGGCAUGUUCAACAUGAUUACCUGUCCGGAGGGGCUGGUGUUCAACCCGCGCACCGGCAUCUGUACCUGGCCGGAUGAGGCCCAGCGCACGAGCUGCACCUCGGAGGACGUGUUCAAGUUCAGCUGCCCGAAGGUAAACGAGAGCGAGGCGGCCACCCAUCCACGGUACGCCGAUCCCGACGAUUGCCAGUUCUUCUACGUGUGCAUUAACGGCGAGACGCCGCGCCGUAACGGUUGCCGGCUGGGGCAGGCCUUCGACGACGUGGCCAAGCACUGCGAAUGGGCCCGCAAGGUGCCGGAUUGUGCGGAUUGGUACAAGGAUCGCCUAACCGACAAGCAGCUGGACGAGCUGGAGAACCCACCGACACCGAAGCCGAAGCCAGCCAACAGCCCAUCGAAGGUAUCCCGACGACGUCCGUCCAAGCGACCGAAGCAACCGGAAGCCGACGUGGAGUAG